AUGCUAACUCCAAUAUGGCUCCUCCUCCAUCUCCUCCGGUUCCUAAACCUCGAGUCCGGAGCACUAAGAGCUAUAACAACGACUCGGACAGGUGAGCUAACCUGCAACCUGCAACUAAAGAGAAACCAACUUCAGCUAAUUCUGCCUUUGUGUUUCAGAGCCUUGCCCAGUGAGAGCCAGCAGCUGGGUGUCCCUGCAGGGCGUCACCUGAGCACAGAUAAGGAUGCUGCUCCUCUACCUGCUGGGUCAAAGCAGGACAACUUCCCAACUCUAAGUGGGAUUACAAACAUCAUCGCCACCAACAUCCCAUCUCUGGCAGGAAUGGCUACCAGCAUAAAUGGCUCCACCCCCUCAGCUCCCCAAGCUCCGCCCUCCAUAGACAGCCUAACUGACAGCGUUUCUACAACGAUACCUGGUUUAGCUGAAGCAGCUAAAGCACUGGCUAACCCUUCCCAGUUAGGCCCCAGCCCCCCAACAACAGCUCCCACAGUCUCAAGUUCUCAAAGUUUAGACAACAUCAUCAGCAGCAUGAGCAACUUCUCCAACUUGGCUGACUUUGUCAGCAGCAUUCCCAAUCCAUCGGCCCCACCCCUUUCAGCUGAGCCACCCCCCUCAGUGGAGAAGAUUGGAUCUAGAGAUAUAAAUGCAGAGAUUGAAGCUAUUUCACAGCUGGUCAAUACAUCUUUGGACCCAACUGCAGGAGUCAGACUUCCACCUUCAGAUUCUCCUGAAGAAGAUCCAUAUGUCACAGUGUUGGGAUGUUGGACCAACCAGGAGGAAGCUGAAACGGAGUCGUCCAAUGAGGAAGAAGAAACAGGUGCUAGCCCUGCUGCUUCUGGUUGCAUAGAUGGAUCUGUGGAUAAAGAUCCUGGUUCUGACCCGGCUACUCCCAGAGGUUCAUCCAACCAAUCUGGUCCUAUGAAGCCGACUCGUCCGGCUCCGCUCCCUCCAAACAAAAAGACCAAACCGGUGAAGCAGAGGACUCCCAGGGCGGCAACAAUCAGAGUGUCCAGGAAGAAGGGAGGCGGUGGAGAGUCAGCUCCUCAGAGCGCCGUGGUCAGAGCCAGCUGGCUGGAUGUCUGGAAGGGUUUCAGAUACAGUGUGCUGUGGGUGACGUUGGAUGGCCAGUUGAUGUCCCUGAGGAAGAAGCGUACAGACCGGUUCAGCGAGGUGUUGUUCCAUGUUUCCAGUAUAACCAACGUUAAGCGUCUGGACAAAGGACGCUUCUCUGUCUACUUCAGGAAAAAACGCUAUGAUUUCAUGGCUCAUAACAACGAGGUUCAAGAAGGAUGGGUCUCAUCUCUGUUGGCGACUCGUGGCCUGCAAAGCCCCACUCCCUCUGAGCUGCAUGGACAAAUCACCAUCAAGGAUACUCGGAGCCGUGCCUAUGCUGCGGUCUGGGGUCAUGACCUUUGGAUUUACCCCAGCAAAGACAGCUUCCAGUUAGGCAUUGCCUCCUUCUUGGUCCCCCUGAACCUGGCCAAUGUGAAACCUAUAGGAAAGCACUCCUUUUCUCUCGUCUCUCCGUACAAGACCUUCAACCUGUCCGUUGAGUCGUCGAAGGACUUGUCCCUCUGGUUGAACAGUUUGAACUCCACCAUCCAAAGCGCUGUGUCUUGUAGCCAUGUGGCGAUGCGUUUGUGGGAGAACCCCUACAACAAAGUCUGCGGUGACUGUGGGGCGCCCAAUCCUGAGUGGGCAUCUGUCAAUCUCCUGUUGGUUAUCUGUCACAACUGUGCAGUUCAGCAUCGUACUCUGAGUAGCAACCUGUCAAAGGUGCGUAGUCUGAAGAUGGAUAACAAGGCAUGGACUGAACCACUAAUACAGCUAUUCGUUGCCUAUGGCAACCGGCUAGCCAAUCAGGUGUGGGCUCCAGCUGUGCCAGCAGCAGAACAGUUGCAUCCAGAGUCAACAGAGAAAGAGAGGUCAACUUUCAUUCAGAACAAGUACAACAGGGGGCGCUACAGACGAGUCCAUGCUCUGACAUCCAGCCACUACAUGAUGAACCAGAGGCUGUGUCAGGUGGUGGUCACGGAAGACGUGGAGGAAACAAUGUCUCUAAUCUGCUCAGGAGCAAAGGUUUCCUCGUCAGACCCACAGAGACACUCCCCCAUCCUUCUGGCUGAGAAAGCCAAUCAGGCUCUGCAGAUUGAGCUGCUGCGCCUCAACGAGUAUACAGAGGUCCCGCCUCACCAGCCUCAGUCGGCCAAUAAAAAGCUGGAGUCCAGCCCUUCAGAUGAGGAGGAUGAGGAGCUUCACGGUAAACUGGAGGAAGAUCGUUUUUUCUUCUCAGUAGAAAACGAUUCUGCAGUCUGUGACGUCCUCGACCUGCGAGAAGUUCUGUCUGUUUUCCUCAAAGACGGGCCGGAUCAUCAGUUUGAGUUGGUGACAUUAAAUGAUCAUAUAAUCUGUGAUGCUGACGACAGAGAGUCGCUCCAGAAUCAUCUGGUUCAUAUUCUGAAGGUCAUUCUACCAGGAGGUGUCUCAUAUGCUGAGGUGGGUGGGGCCUCCGCUGUCAGCAAAGUGUGCAUAGCUGACAUAGGAGGAACUUCCAAUCAAUCUGAUGCCUGGUUGUUACUGUGGGAGGAUGGGGUCAGCAUCCACCCUGUAAAGAGAGAUACACAAAAGGCCCUAAGCUUUGAACUGAGCAUGCUCAAUCACAAAGGAACAGUUAUACAGGAUGACACCAUCACCUUGGUAACGCAAGAUAAGUCCAUAUCCUUACGUUUUAAGGAGCAACAUAGCUGUGAAACCUGGAACCAACACCUGCAGAAAGCUCUGGCCAAUCAGGAUUCAGCUCCUGAGAAACCAGGGAGAGCCAAUCAGAGCCCAGCUCCUGGGGGUCUGUACUCUAACAUUGAUGCCGGGAUUGGAGGCUCUGUGUCCCCGGCCAUCGAGCGCUGCAUCUCCCACAUCACCACCUACGGUCUGCGGGUGGAGGGUCUGUACCGGCGCUGCGGUCUCGCAACCAGGGUCAAAGAACUGUUGAAGGUACUGGUGACAUCACCAAACACUGCCCCACUGGAGGCAGAUGAGCAGGGGGUUCUGGACGUUGGCUCCGCCCUAAAACAGUACAUCCGAGACCAUCAGAACCUGAUCCCUGAUGGAGAACGGCAGCAGUGGCUGCAGGCUGCAGUGAUUUCAGAUGAACGCAGCAGGUUCAAGGAAUACAGACGGUUACUACGACAACUCCCAGCAGACAACAAAGCCACCCUCAACGUGCUGUUUGGACACUUUUACAUGGUCCAGGUGUUCUCUCAGGUCAACAAGAUGUCGGCCCAUAACCUGGCUGUGGUUCUGGCACCUUCCAUGUUCCAUGCCAUGAACCAGGACAUUAUCGACUUGACCAGAGAAUUCAUCAUCCACCACACUCUCCUUUUCCUGACUCCAGAAAGGAAGGAUGAGGAGAAAGAAAAGGAGGAUGAAGAGGAGCAGAUCACCGUCCUCUGAUGAAUUUAUUUCUGUGUUUUUAUUUUCUAAUGAUAUUUUACUGAUCAUCAGACUUUUUUUAAACUUCAUCAUGAUUUGUUUACAGCUUAUAUUCGUCCUCUUGGUGUUGGCUCUGAUCUAUUCUAGAAAUAAUCCAACAAUAAAGGCCUUCCUGG